AACACUACCAACAGCUGAUUUCGUCUAAUAACAAACAUAUAAAUAUUCAAUUUUAAAGAAAUGGUGCGUGUGGGCCUUCAGAUAUCCGCCACAUUGGAGAACGUGGAGAAACUAGAGACCACUCAUCCGGACUACCCCUACUUCCUAAAACUAAAAUGCAGCAACUGCGGAGAACAGUCGGACAAAUGGCACGAUAUCACCGAAUCGGAGCGUGUGCAACAGGAUUCUCGCAAUGCGGCCGGCUUUAACUUUUUUAUGAAGUGCAAAAUGUGCAGUCGAGAAAACAGCAUUGACAUCGUGGAGAAGUCGAAUGCUUCUUACACGGCGGACGAUUCGGGCGCAUUUAAGACCAUCGUGAUUUUUGAGUGCCGUGGCGUAGAGCCUGUGGAUUUCUCGCCACGUGUCGGAUGGUGUGUCCAUUCCUCAGAAAAUGGACAAUUUUUUGAGGAAGUUGAUCUUUCUGAGGAUGACUGGGUGGAGUACGACCAAAAGAACAACAACUCCGUGGGUGUAUACGAGUUCGCCUCAAAGUUCGUCAAGCUGAAGAAGUAAAUCUGCCUGGAGAUCUUUAAAUCAUCUAUGAUUUGAUACUGUGUAUACUCGGUAAACUAAUAAAUUUAUUUUUUGUUUCUCAUAACUAA